AUGGACGAAGACGAGGAUGAUGAUGGCCCAAGAAAUUUGAACAAGCCUGAUGGUGACAAGAAGACUAAGGAGAAGAUGAAGAGAGAGCAAGAAGCAUCGAGCUUGAGGGAGAAGGUUGAUGCCAUGGCGCAAUCAAACGAGUUGAUGUUGUUGAAGUCGUUGGAGAUCAAGAAAGAGUUGGCCGAGAAGAAGGCAAAAGAGAAGCAAGAAAAGUGGCAAAUGCUCAAGGAAGAGGGGCUCCGCAAAGCUGCCAUUGAGGAGACAAGAGCACGCGUCGCUGAAAACAAAGCCAUGUCCUUGUUGCUCGCCGAAGAGAACAAGAUCAUGUCAAUGAACCGCAAUGACAUGGACGAUCUCACAGAAACAUGGCAUGAUAUGGCAAGGAGAGAAAUCUUGAAGAGGAGAAUGGUCGCGUCGGCCGGUCCGUGUUACAGUUCUGGAGAUGUUUUCUCUGCUCCAUAUGGUGGCAAUGGCGAUGAUUUCGGACAUGUCCGCCCGCCGCCGGACGCCGUCCGCCGCCGCCCCGACCAAUCCCAGCACGCCACGUGUCCUCCGCCGCCGUCUCGCCCGCGCCCCGCCGCCGCGGCCCGCGAGCCCACGGCCGGCCCGCCCCGGGCCGCACCGGGCCCGCGCGCCCCGCCUCCCGCGCCGUCGCGCCGCCUCGCCGGCGCCCGCCUCUGCCCCGCCACUGCUCUGACAUGCGCCGCCGCCUGCCUCUGCCCCGCCGCCGCUCUGCCACGCGCCGCCGCCCGCGUCGCCCGCCGGCGCCGCCCGCGCCCGGCGUGGCCUCCCUCCGGCGCCGCCCCCUCUUCCCCGCCGGCCACCGCGCCUCCCCCGGCGCUCCUCCUUCUCCGUGCUGCCAUCGGCGACCGCCACCGGCGAGCUCCUCGAGGCCCUCCUCGAUCCGAUCUGAACGGAGCCGUACGUUGA